AUGUCCUUAAUUGACAGAGGAUUUUCAGUCAGGAUCCCGGCUGAUAUGGCCGAAUUAGAGCCUGAGCUCAUAGCACAGGGCGCCGAGGCCCUAACUUUUGUCGUGGACUGCUGCGAGGGGCCCUACCCCAAGUGUGUGGCAAAGUACCGGCCGCCAAAGCCGUACCGGAUCGCAGAGCUUGACCAGCCGCUGAGAAAACGCCGAACAAAUGCCGAGGUGCGGGUUCUUCGCAAGCUUGCCGAUGCACAAAUAGCAUGCCCCAGAGUUGUGUCGGUUGACGACAAGCAGGGUCUUAUUUACAUGGAGCUGAUCAAGGGCCAGUCGCUCAAGCAGGUCACAUGGGACGCCAGCGAUGUAUCCAGCGUUCGUCCUCUAUUUAUUCGCUUCGGCGAGCUGGUUGCUGGAAUUCACGCCUUGAAUAUAGCACACGGCGACCUCACAACGUCAAACGCCAUGGUGGACUCCGAGUCGGGUGAGCUCAAGCUUAUUGACUUCGGCUUAGCCUCGCAGUCGGCCAACGUCGAGGAAAAGGCAGUCGAUAUUUAUGUUCUGGAACGGGCCAUUGCAAGCACGCAUCCAGAUAGUGCAAACCAGCUGGUGGACGCUGUGCUAAUGGGCUAUCAGGCCGACCCCACCUCCCAUACAGCUCAGGUUAUGAACAGGCUUCAAGUAGUACGCCAGCGGGGACGUAAACGGGCCAUGCUUGGAUAA